GUGCUCCAUUGCUUUUAUAGUUUAUAUAUUGAAACAUUGUGCUAAUUUAAAAGGCACUAAGUGGUUUUUCGGUUCUUGCAGUCACUUGUUAAAUUUUUGAUGAACAACAAAUAAGGCAUAUGGCCUAGUGCGCUACGCAUAGGAUAUAGUGCCUAGGGAAUAAGGUAUAGUGGACAACAUAGAGGACAUAUGGCAUAGGGCAUAGGGUAUAAGGCAUAGGUAAGGCUUAGAUCAAAGUAAGGGUAGAAUUUAGGGUUUAAUGUACUAGGACUUACCACCUAGGCCAUAAAGCUUAGGACUUGCUAAAGAAUAUUGCAAACAAUUGUGCAUUGAUGCCUGCAUAUGGAUUUUUGAGCAAUUCAGGUCAUAUGAAUGACUGCAAUUUUUUUUUCUUGGAUCAUAUUUGAGCUCCAGGUAAUUAUUUAACUUUUUGUAACGGUUUUGUCUGGUGGACAAUGUAUGCCUUCUGUAAAGGGGACAAGCUUGGAUGCAGUGAGGAACUAGGAGAUCUUGUAAAGACUGCGGACAAUGAUCUUGUUUUAAAAAUAUUCAUCAAAGUCUGAGCUAUUCCAAAAUUGUUGUUGCUUUUGCUCAGAGAACAAAAUUUGACAAGAUUCUAAUAUACUCUAAGCAGUCACUUGUUGAAUUUUUUGGCAAUCUAUCAGGAGAAUGGGCACUAGAGAGCAUGAAAGACUUAUUGUUGUUGAAACUCAGAGGCAACCUACAAAUUACUGUGCAGGUUGCUAAAGAAUGUUGUGAACAGUUGGGCAUUGAUGCUUGCAUAAGGAUUUUUUAGCAAUUCAGGUCAUAUGAAGGGCUGUCAUUUUUCAUGGGAUCAUAUUUAAGCUCCAGGUAAUUAUUUCAUUUUUAUUUAACUGAUUUUUUUUGGUGGACAAUGGAUGCCUUCUGUAAGGGGGAGAAGUUUGAAUGCAGUGAGGAACUAGGAGAUCUUGUAAAGACUGUGGACAAUGAUUUGACUUUAGAAAUAGACAUCAAAGCCAGAGCUACUCCAAAAGUUGUUGUUGGUUUUGUUGAGAGAAGAGAAUUUGACAAGAUUCUAAUAUACUCUAAGCAGGUUGGCUACACACCUGACUAUCUCUUCCUUUUGCAAACAAUUCUCCAGUCAGAUCCUCAAGUUUUAUUUGAAGAUAAGCAAUGGGAUUUUCUAGUGGACCCUUACAGGAGUUCUGCAAGUUAUAUGGCAUGACGUUAGAACCCUUGCUCAAUAUCUAUCUGCAAGCUGGGCUUUCCGCUCUCAAGACACCAUAUUGUUACGAGGAUGAUUGCACAAAAGAAGAUCCUCUAUCACAGGAAGCUUUCCGCACAUUAGCCCUUCCAUUGCCGUACUCAAAGCAGCAUCACUCUAAGCUUCUUUGCUAUAUAACUAAGGAGUUAAUGGACACUGAGAACCCACCGCAAGUCUUGCCCAAUGGAUGAGGAAUAUGGAACCCUUUAGCUGUUGGGACGGCAAAGGGACUGCAAUUUUUGCC